AUGAUGGAAGACUUUAAUAGUGAGACUGACAGUGACUACACUAGUUACUGGAGAGAUUGGUUCAUUUCUUCCCGUGGAAACGAGUAUUUCUGCGAGGUCGAUGAGGAGUAUUUAACCGACCGGUUCAACCUUACUGGCUUGAAUACCGAGGUCGCGUACUACCAGUAUGCCUUGGAUCUUGUGACCGAUGUCUUUGACUUGGACGCGGACGACGACUUGCGCGAGCAAAUUGAGAAGUCCGCACGUCACUUGUACGGACUCGUACAUGCUCGCUACAUUAUCACCACCCGUGGUCUUUCCAAAAUGGUCGACAAGUACAAGAAGGGCGAUUUCGGCAAAUGCCCUCGUGUCGUGUGUGAGGGUCAUCCUCUUCUUCCUAUGGGGCAGCAUGACUUGCCGCACACCAGCACCGUUCGUCUUUACUGCGCAAAGUGCGAAGAUAUCUACAACCCCAAGUCCUCGCGUCACGCUCAAAUCGAUGGUGCCUACUUCGGAACCACGUUCCACAGCAUGCUUUUCCAGGUGUAUCCUGCGCUGAUUCCGGAGAAGAGCAUCCGCCGUUACGAGCCUCGCAUCUAUGGAUUCCGUGUUCACGCUAGCGCUGCACUUGCUCGCUGGCAGGAUCAAUAUCGCGAAGAGAGUAAGGCGCGUCUUCGCGAGGCGGGCAUCGAGGCGAAAUACAUCGAGGAUACUGAGGAAGACGAUUUGGAGGACGACGACGAUGAAAUCGACGAGCCUGGUUUUGAUGGCAAGGAAGAGAAGACCGUCGGCGACGCUGCUUCCGGACGCAUGGACAUUGGCAACUAA